AACGAAGAAGAAACGUUACACAGUUCUGGAAACGUACGUAGGGCACGAGCGCAUGCAUGCAUGCAACUAGGGAGCGUGGCAUGUGUUGUCCAGCGCAGCACAGCAGGGGCAGUGCGGUGGCCGGGCAGCCGAUCGACGUGUCCUGCUCCUGCGCAAAGACACCGACGUACGUGUCCCGACGCGAACCUUCUUCACCGCUGCAAUCUAUAGCUAAAUACACAUAUAUAUGCACCGUAGCGGUGCAGGCAGUACUACCACUCACCCUGUCACCCAGCAAGCUACUUCAAUUCCGUUCCGUCGUCGUCUCGUGAUCGAAGAUCUCGUCGUCGUCGAUCGAUGGCGCAUAGCAAGCGCGAGAUAAAGCCCGGGAGGGCGCACACCAAGGUGGCCGGCGACGACGAGAUGCUGCGGACGGGCUUCUACGACGGCACCCCGCUGGAGGGCGGCAAGAUCGCCGACUCCAAGCCCGUCGACCUCUUCGCCGCCGCACGCCGCGUCGCCGAUCAGGCCGUCGAUCCGGACUCGCAGCAGCAGCAGCAGCAACAAGAAGCAGACGACGAGGGGACGACCAACAAGAACAAGAACGUCAUCGCGGACAACCCUGCUGCGACGGCGACGGAGCAGCCGGGCCGCCGACAGGGCGUGGCCGAGCCUCCCACCGGUGGACGUCGCUUGGGAGUGGGACGCCCGGCUUAAUUAUGUGUCGUUUUUGUCGUUUCCAUUUUCUUUCAUAUAUGCAGAUGAUGCAGGGUUUAAUUUGCCACCGAACUUUUAUACAUGCAGUCGUACUACGGUGAUGAACAACUAUGUAUGUAUAUAUGUAUAUUAGCAAGCUGCUAGCUAGAGAGAAUAAACUAAUAAAGGCGGUCGUCACCCAUUAGGGCAGUCAAUGGGGUUUCAUUAGAGUUUCAUGCAUAUUAAAUAUGAUGAUGUGGCGCUAUAUUAAUGAA